AUGGGUAUAUACCUCAGUUCCCCCAAAACAGAGAAGUUCUCAGAAGAUGGUGGAAAUGAUAGGGUAAAAUAUGGUUUAUCAUCAAUGCAAGGAUGGCAUGCAACAAUGGAAUGUUCUUCAUCCAUCUCACUUCAUGCAGCAAUACCUGAUUUGGAUACUUCAACAUCCUUUUUUGGUGUCUACGAUGGUCACAGAGGUAAAGUUGUUGCUAAAUUCUGUGCCAAGUAUCUACAUCAACAAGUGCUCAAGCAUGAAGCAUAUUUACAUGGUGAUAUAGGCACUUCGGUCCAGAAAGCCUUUUUCAGAAUGGACGAGAUGAUGCGUGGUCAGAGAGGAUGGAGGGAGCUGGCUGCACUGGGGGAUAAAUUAAACAAGUUCACGGGUAUGAUAGAGGGCCUUAUUUGGUCUCCAAAAAAUGGUGAUGGAAACAACCAUGUUGAUGAUUGGGCAUUUGAGGAGGGACCUCACUCUAAUUUUUCUGGACCUACUUCUGGAUGCACAGCUUGUGUUGCAAUCCUUAGAGAGAACCAACUCGUUGUUUCAAAUGCUGGUGACUCUCGCUGUGUCAUUUCAAGGAAGGGCCAGGCAUACAAUUUAUCGAGGGAUCAUAAACCUGAACUUGAGGUUGAGAGAGAGAGAAUCUUAAAAACUAGUGGUUUUAUUCAUGCAGGACGGGUAAAUGGAAGUCUAAAUCAUGCAAGAGCUAUAGGUGACAUGGAAUUCAAGCAGAACAAGUUUUUGCCAGCUGAGAAGCAAAUUGUAACUGCUAAUCCAGAUAUAAACACUAGAUAUGCUGCAGCUCAUAGAGUUGAAGAUGCAAAAGAGUUUUUCUAUAAGAGGAAAAAUUUUGAUUUGGAACUUGAUGGAUUCCUUUCUGCUGGAACCAGCAACUGGGCAGAAGCAAAGGCCAUGCUUUUUGGCCUUAAAUGGUGUUUGGCACCUUCUACUGCUGGAGGUGAAGGUUGUGACAACAUGACCAUGAUUUUGGUGCAAUUCAAGAAACCUUUUCAGUCUGGUGCUUCUUUAGUUGAUGAAGAACUCCCAGCUUCUAACGAGAAACUCCCAGCUCCCAGUGAGUCUACUAACACUGAAACAAUACCAAAAAAGAGUGGAUCUAGUUCAUAA